AUGGGGAACACCCUCAGAGCCCUGGUGGCUUUCAUCCCUGCUGACCGCUGCCAGAACUACGUGGUGGGAGACCUCCGGGAGAUGCCGCUGGACAGGACGGUGGAUCUGAGCGGGAGGCAGCUCCGCCGCUGCCCCGGGCACGUGUGCUCCUUCGGGGAGCUGGUCAAGCUCUACCUGAGCGACAACCACCUCAACAGCCUGCCGCCGGAGCUGGGGCAGCUGCAGAGGCUGCAGAUCCUGGCCUUGGACUUCAACAACUUCAAGGCCCUGCCCCAGGUGGUGUGCACCUUGAAGCAGCUCUGCAUCCUCUACCUGGGCAACAACCAGCUCUGCGACCUCCCCGGGGAGCUGAGCCUGCUCCAGAACCUCCGCACCCUGUGGAUCGAGGCCAACUGCCUCCCCCGGCUGCCGGACGUGGUCUGCGAGCUGCGGCUGCUGAAGACCCUGCACGCGGGCUCCAAUGCCCUGCGGCGCCUGCCGGGCCAGCUCCGGCGCCUCCGGGAGCUCAGGACCAUCUGGCUCUCAGGCAACCUGCUGGCCGACUUCCCCCCGGUGCUGCUUCACAUGCCCUUCCUGGAGGUGAUCGACGUGGACCGGAACGGCAUCCGGUGCUUCCCCAGCCUGGCCCACCUGUCGGGGCUGAAGCUGGUCAUCUACGACCACAAUCCUUGCAGGAACGCGCCCAAGGUGGCCCAAGGUGUGCGCCGCGUGGGGAAGUGGGCAGAGGAGACGCCGGAGCCCGACCCCAGAAAAGCCAGGCGCUACGCGUUGGUGGAGGAGGACAGCCCGGAGUCUCCGGCACCUGCCCCAGCCCCUCCUCCACUGCCUCCUCCCAACGCCUGA